AUGGACGGAGACGGAUUUGACGACUUGUGGAGCUCGCAGCCGUCGGCGAGCGGCCCUACCCGCGCCGGUCUCGACCUCAACUCGCAAGCGGCGGCGGCGGUGGGGUUCCCGGGGCUUUGGCUGUACGGAGACUUCCUCCAGGGCGACGACGUCGAGCUUCCUGGACGCGGCAGGGGCUCCGGCCUCCCUCCCUAUCGCCCACCGCGUGCCGGAGCAGGAGACGCGUGGGCGACUCCGGCGCCCCAGCAUGCCCGACAACUGCUCUUUGGCGGCUCCUCCUCGGCGGCAGCCGGUCGCGGAGGAGGAAACGGUGGCGGCUACACCAGCAGGUCGUCGUCGGGGGCAGGCGGUGGUGUUCGGCAGCGCGCGAACUCGGCCGCCGCAGCAGCCGGCCGGCGUCCCCAGCGCACCAACACGGCUUCCCGUGGCAGCGGUGGCCAGGGCGUACCGCUUCCCCGAGCACCAAGGGCACCGAGGGCACCGAGGAGUGGCGUCCGUGGACAAGCAUCCGGCUCCGGCGCUACCUUCGACAUUGACGAUGAAGCAAUGGAGGAUAACGUGGAGGAGUUAGCGAGCUCCGGCAGUCCCCCGGUGAGCCAUGCCAGUCGAGCCAAAUGGAAUGAUGCAAAUAAUGCUUGCUUGUUAGAAUUGUGCAUAGAGCAAUAUAGAGCAGGAACGUAUAAUGGUUCACAAAUGAGUGGUGAAGGGUACCAAGCCGUUGUCUAUGGCUUACUUGCUAGAAGAAGGUUGGUGUACACUCGUGGACAAGUGAAGAACCAAAUAGGCGUACUAAAAAACACCCACGCUUUCUGGCGCUACUUGCAAACGCACACAGGGUUGGGGAGGAGACCAGAUGGAUCCAUGGAUGUAGAUCAUGAUUUUUGGCUAACUCACACAGAAUUCCUUAGCAUAUUUUUGUGCUCUCAUAUCUUAACUAGUAUUAACUAG